AAUACCCUUCUCCACCUUAUAGCAGUGGUACCUGAGCUAAAUAAUUAGGAGGGCGGUCAAACUAACGUUUGACCAGACUACGCAUAAGAGAAUCUUGAGCAAAGUACUUACAAAUAGGAUUAGAACGUAAAACUAAGGUAAAAUUAAGGUUAGUCUUUCGAUGUAACAAAAGAAUCAAACUACCAAGAAACAGCUUUUUCCCCUUCUUCGUGGCGUCAUUGUGAUGCCUAACAAGCCGUAGUUUGUGAGAAAACCGGAAGGAUUACGGAGGAACCGAGAGAAGCAGAUUGAUAACAUGGCGUUUGGAGACGCUUGGAAACAAAUAUCUUGGUUUUAUUACCAGUACCUUCUUGUCACUGCGCUAUACAUGCUGGAGCCUUGGGAGCGGACCGUCUUCAAUUCUCUCCUGGUCUCUGUAGCAGCAAUGGCUGUCUACACUGGCUAUGUGUUCAUGCCCCAGCAUAUCAUGGCCAUCUUACACUACUUUGAAAUGCUCUAAUGACAGACUGCGGUGCUGAUGCUUUUCAGGAUGCCCAUGGCUUCCCUCUGGUGGAUGGAAAGAGACAUUCUCACGCAAGACUGUUUAACCUUCGCCUUUAAUCUGUGGAAACAUGUACAGUUUGAUGAGAAACAGGCCGAGGAAUCCGAUAGAUAACUCCAUCGUUGUCCUAAUGUCUGUGGCUACGCAGAGCAUAUAAGUAUGCAGUCUCUCAGCACAUACUGCCCUGCUAUUAAAUAAUGCGUCUUUUUGUAUAAUGUAUAAUGUUUUAUAAUGCUUCUGUUUCUGUUAAUGGCAAAUUUGAGAUGGUAAAUAUUUUGUGAUAAUAAAUGUGUAUGUUUCAUUGUAUACAUAUUUACAAUGUUUUGUAAAGAUUUAUUUCAGCUGAUGGUAAAAUGACUGUCACAGUGAAGCAUUGUACAGAAACCUUUUUUCUUAGUCACCUCCUACAUAACCCAAUGCAGGAAGCUGCGUGUGCAGUAAAUCUGAUUUAUUUUAAAGCUAAUUGCGUCUCUCAGGUGGUAAUUCUGUGUAUUUAAAAACUACUUCAUUAAAUAUUUUCUUCUCUGUA